UGAAAGUGUAUUCAAAAGGUUUAUUAGCUCGAGUGUUUAUUCACCCAAAACCAGUGUUUUAUGAUUUGAAGUUGUUUGGUUGAUAAAAUCUUCAAUUUGUUGUGGUAUCUGGGUUGAAGCUGGGUUGGCUUGGCAUAUUUCGAUACAUCUUUUUCGGAGAAGAGGGUUUGAUUGAUUAUGAAUUAUUUAGGGUUAUUUAAUGGUACUCAAAAGGUGAAAAUUGAAAAUAGAUUAGUUAGAUGGCAGUGGUUACUUAUAUGUGCUUCCUAAGUUGAUGACUCUGGGGAAGAAUCUGCACACAAGAAAAGUUUUGGGACUAAAUAACACUAGUAUAGAUUUCUGUGGUGUUUUUUAGUUUUAUGCCGGCAAAUCUUGUCUUGCACUCGGAUUCCAUUGUAAUCUUGAUUUGGUUUUGUGCUCUUUUGCGCUUUGGCCUUUUCAGUUGCGAAUGUAUCCCUUUUGUUUUGAAUAUAGCAAAAGGGAAGAAGAAGUGGAGGUAUCUCUCCCUUAACUGAACAGAAUGAAUGCAGUUUACAUUUCUCCAAGCCAUUCAAUUUCUCAACCAUAUUACAAACCCAGGCAAUUUUUCAGUUUGGCAAGAGAGAGCACUUUGAUCGGAAGAAGCCCUGGUAUUCAGAUUAGAGGUCGGAGUGUUGUGAGUGCGUGUCUUAAUGUGGAUGUUGCUGCACCAAACACUGGGAAGACAAAAUUAGAGAAAAUUAAGGAUGUGAUCGAGAAGGAAGGGAAGUUUUUGGUGCGGACAUAUGUAAGAACACCAGUGGUGGUUGAGAGGGGGGAAGGUUGCAAAUUGUAUGACGUUGAAGGGAAAGAAUAUUUAGAUUUGAGUGCUGGGAUUGCUGUCAAUGCUCUGGGGCACGGUGAUGUAGAUUGGUUAAAAGCUGUUGUUGAACAAGCUGCCACCCUUACUCAUACCAGCAAUAUAUUCUACACAAUACCUCAGGUAGAACUUGCAAAGCGUCUUGUGGAUUCCUCUUUUGCUGAUCGUGUGUUCUUUUCAAAUUCUGGAACUGAAUCAAAUGAAGCAGCUAUAAAAUUUGCAAGAAAACAUCAGAGAGAAACAACAACUAAUGGGAAGGAGCCAGCGACAGAGUUCAUUGCUUUUAGUAACUGCUUCCAUGGGAGAACCUUGGGUGCUCUUGCCUUGACAAGUAAAGUACAAUACAGAACACCUUUUGAACCCAUAAUGCCUGGAGUGACCUUUUUAGAGUAUGGAAAUGCUCAGGCUGCAACAGAAUUAAUUAAGCAGGGCAAGAUUGCUGCAGUUUUUGUGGAACCCAUCCAAGGAGAAGGUGGAAUUUACAGUGCCACAAAAGAAUUUCUACAGUCCCUGCGCAAUGCUUGUGAUGAAACUGGGACACUUCUUGUGUUUGAUGAGGUUCAAUGUGGUUUAGGUAGAACAGGGUUUUUAUGGGCCCAUGAGGCAUAUGGUGUCUUCCCUGAUAUGAUGACUCUUGCAAAGCCUCUUGCUGGAGGCCUACCUAUUGGAGCAGUUUUGGUGACGGAGAGAAUUGCUUCUUCUAUUAAUUACGGUGAUCAUGGAAGCACUUUUGCAGGAAGCCCUCUUGUUUGCAGUGCUGCUCUUGCUGUUUUUGAUAAAAUUUCAAAUCCUGAUUUUCUUUCAUCGGUAUCUAAGAAAGGCCUCUACUUCAAAGAACUACUCAAGCAGAAGUUGGGAGGAAACCAACAUGUGAAAGAAAUUCGUGGUGUUGGGCUAAUCAUAGGAAUAGAUUUAGAUGUACCUGCCACGCCCUUUGUUGAUGCUUGUCAAAAUUCUGGCCUGUUAGUGUUGACUGCUGGAAAAGGAAAUGUAGUGAGGAUUGUCCCACCAUUGAUCAUAACAGAGAAGGAGAUUGAGCAAGCUGUCGACAUUUUGUUCCAAAAUUUACAAGUUCUUGAUAAGUAAAAGGGAGGAGAAAGAGGAUUGGCAUUGCAAGCAACAAAUUAACUUAUUUGGUUGGGUGUUGUUGAGUAGAUGAAGUUUCAUAUGCCAACCUUAACUUCACUACCUUUUUAUUGAAGAUGUUUUAAUGGUAAGAAUAUUUCAACAAUGUUAUUGCAUUUCUUAGUAAUGCAUGGCAGCAGAUGAGAUGGUUUACAUGGUCCAUUCUCUGCCACAUUUUUAUUUGUUGCCUUUUGUUUUUUGAUAGUCUAAUAAUGAUCUGCUAGCAUGUAACUUAAUAAAUAUAAUUAUAAUUAUUAGAAUGAACUCUUGUAUUGUUUUCAAUUUAGAGUUCAGAUAUAAUUCAAUUUCGUAAAUUCAGCUUU